CGCGCCUUGCACGUCAGGUGGUGGCCCUCAGAUGCGCCUCCACCUCGGGCAGGUCCGGCCGCGGGGCGCAACCACGGCCCCGCGGGAGGGAAGUCGGAGUUCGUGGCCGCCGCCCCUGGGGGCGACCCCCGAGCGCGCCGGGCCGCGGCCGUAGUCGGAAACGGAAGUGCGUGUCGGCGGGGGCAUCAUGGCGACGCUGGCCGACCUGCCGGACUCGGUGUUUCUGGAGAUCUUUUCUUACCUCCCGGUGCGGGACCGGAUCCGCAUCUCCAGGGUGUGUCACCAUUGGAAGAGGCUGGUGGACGACCGCUGGCUGUGGCGACACGUCGACCUGACGCUGUACACGAUGCGGCCCAAAGUCUUGUGGCACCUCCUGCGCCGGUACAUGGCAUCCCGGCUCCACUCCCUGCGGAUGGGAGGUUACCUGCUUUCCGGCUCCCAGGCCCCCCAGCUGUCCCCCGCCCUGCUGCGGGCGCUGGGCCAGAAGUGCCCCAACCUGACGCGCCUUUGCCUGCACGUGGCCGACCUGAGCAUGGUGCCCAUCACCAGCCUGCCCUGCACCCUGAGGACCCUGGAGCUGCACAGCUGUGAGAUCUCCAUGGCCUGGCUCCUCAGGGAGCAGGACCCCACGGUGCUGCCCCUGCUCGAGUGCAUCGUGCUGGACCGCGUGCCCGCCUUCCGCGACGAGCACCUGCAGGGCCUGACGCGCUUCCGCGCCCUGCGCUCGCUGGUGCUGGGCGGCACCUACCGCGUCACCGAGACCGGGCUGGAUGCCAGCCUGCAGGAGCUGAACUACCUGCAGAGACUCGAGGUCCUGGGCUGCACCCUCUCGGCCGACAGCACCCUCCUGGCCAUCAGCCGCCACCUCCGAGAUGUGCGCAAGAUCCGCCUGACCGUCAGGGGCCUGUCCGCCCCGGGCCUGGCGGCCCUGGAGGGCAUGCCGGCCCUGGAGAGCCUGUGCCUGCAGGGCCCGCUCAUCACCCCGGAGAUGCCCUCCCCGGAAGAAAUCGUCUCCUCUUGCCUUGCCAUGCCCAAGCUCAGAGUCCUCGAGGUGCAGGGGCUGGGCUGGGAAGGCCAGGAGGCAGAGAGGGUCCUGUGUAAGGGGCUGCCCCAGUGCAUGGUCAUCGUCAGGCCCUGCCCCAAAGUGUCCAUGGACUGGUGGAUGUGACCGUACCCCCCCGUCGCUGGCUGCCAUGCCAGCUGUCAUUGUUUGGACCUUACGCCCUCUGAAGAGCACCUUAAGAGGGCCAGCAGUGAGGCUCGGGGUGAACUGGAGGCCAUGGGUAGAGCUGACGCCUUGGGGCCUGCAGACAGCUGGAAUCAGCGUUCGCGAGUUGUGUGGCCUGGGUGGGAUCAGCCAGCCUCUGGGAGGCCCAGUUCUCCCAACUGGAACUAGAUCAGAUGGUUACUACCUCAUGUUGCUGUUACUAAGACUUAAAUCUCUAACAACCCGUGACCUCAGGAAGGCCUCCAGUGAAGGCUCAUUGUCAGGGUCAUCCGCAGAGGCAGCCUGGACGCAGACGGGCAGGGUUGAGAGUUAGGGGGACCUGAGAGGUGGGGGCCCCUUGAAGUCUGGCAGCACUGUCUGUGCAUGCUCCCCCACAUGCCUGCGUGCCAUUCGUGUUCCUGCGCAUGCUUAAGGACAGAAUACACAGGGCAAGGGGGGCUUGCCGUUUGAUGAUCGCAGUAUGAAUAAAAGCUCUUAAUUGUAUUUUCUAUAGUUUAUAUUCUGCAUUUUCUAAGUUUUCCACAGCACC